AUGAUCACGACAUGUGUGGCUUCCGCAGCAUCCCCAUCUUCCUCCGAGAGGGUUCCAGGCUUGGACUCGGCAUCAUCUUCUCCAUCCUCUCAUUCAACCAUUCUUAACAAAACGCACGAGUCGGGAUCUAUUAGCCUUCAACAACGAAAGUUUUCCACUCUCUCAUCCAGAACUGGCACGACUCGAUUCAAAGUCAUUCAUCAUCAAGUCUCCUCUCCAACAACAACAUCACCACAAUCGCCUUCCUCGCAUAAUAUGAACCAUCACUUCUACUUGUUCAAUCAUGAUCAAAUUUCCAAUACAACCACCACAUCACCCACUCUAACAAGCUCAUCCAUUACAAAUUUAUCCCAAACACCACCACAACAACAAGGUGUGAUCACCACUCCUUCCUCUCCAAAUACCACCUCACCACCACCAACCCGAAUACGAAGUAUCAGCAACUCCUCAGAAAUUCCACUGGUUCAAAAAGUUUCCAAAUCAAAAUCCCUUUCUAGACCUCCUCUUCCUCAACAUUUCACUUCCCAAACUCCAAUACUGCCUUCUUCCAUGACCGCUAGUAGUAACAACACCACUAAUACUACCUCACGGUCUCUUUCAACAAAUUUAUGUACUCUAAAUUCAACCAACAACAACACUCAAGACAGUUCCAGCGAACACGUUGAACACUCCAAUAACAUCCCAAACCACAAGAGCAACACACUGGGUAGAAACAACAACAAGAUCAUUCAAUUAUUAAAACAAGAAGAGGAACGGAUGGCAAGCAAUAACAAAAGUGAGCUAGACCCAGAAGAAAAGAAAAAGGCCAUGUUUGACAAAAGACGAUCCAGAGCCAUCUUUCGCAGCAAUGCUGAAAACCCAAAUGAGACGUUUGACUUUUCACAGCUUGAUGAACACUUUAGGGCAAUUUCUCAGUCAAGUAGCAUUUCAGACCAACCAGCCAAUGCUUCUCGAUGUUAUCCAGUAAGGCAAGAGACUUUGACUCCUCCAAGCGAUUCAUCCGACAACACCCAAAAGUGUUUGAGAUCAGCGAAAAUUGACACGCAAGAAAAAAGAAUGGCCAACAUCAACAACCACACCUCGAGUUUGUAUGACUCGUGUGACUAUGACAGCGAGUUCUCUACGUCGUCAUCCUGCUACUCUCCCAUCGUUGCUAUUCAUCGUCAUGGAGAUGCCAUGUUCCCUCAGCGUCCCAUUCAACGAAAUUUUGACAAACUGUUGAACGGUGAUGCAUAUGCUUCGCCAUCUUCCUCUGACUAUGCUGCUUCGGAUGUUGCAGUAGUGGACGAGAAUGAGGAAGAGGACUAUGAUGACGACCCAUUCCAUGAUUUUGAGGAAUAUGAUGACGAGGAUGAUGAAUGCGUGUAUGGAGAUUUUGAAGAGUAUGAUGACGAUUCUAAACCUACUUUUGUGAGGACUGUGGUUUCACUCGAUGAUCGUCCAACGUCACCGCUCGUCAUUAUGCAGCACAGCGAACAAGAAGACCUUCAAUUUGGGGAUGAAAUACUCGAAAGAAGAAGGCGAGUGAGUACGAGGAAUAACCCAGAGCUAAAAUUAUCCUUCUCACGUGCUAGAUCUGGUUCAUGUUCUGCUCCCUCUGAGGAUACUUGCCGAAUUUUAUCAGAAAUUCAUUCAAAACAAGAGUUGUCAGAAUUGGUCUCUCACUUGUCCCCUAAUAACAGUACUUCAACAACCACAACGAAUUUAGCUCUUUCCCCACUACAUGCUGCAAGUCUGGUUUCGAGUCCAGGCAAGUCACCACGAGGAGUUGGGUCUCCUCUCCUAAUGAGAAGGCCUUCACAACGAUCAAUCGCUGGUGGUAGAAGAAAGUCAAAAGCAAUUUCAUACACUGUUACAUCAAUUAUGGCUGACGAGCAGCUUAAAGAAAUAUUCUUUCAAUUUCUUACUGAAAUACACAACACAGAAUUGGUAACCUUUCUACAGGAGGAGGAAUCCUUUAGACUUGGAUGUAUCAAUGCUGUUGUGAAUGAUGUUCCAAGCUUGUUGAUGGAGUACGAGACUGCUCUUCAAAAAGCAUCUAAAAUUUUUGAGAAAUACAUCAAGGUUGGUUCAAUUCAAGAGUUGAACUUGAGUAGUGAGACAAGAAAUAACAUGCAACAAAGAAUGGAAUCAUUAUUGACGCCCUGUGAAAGAAAUAAGGGUGUGAAUGGACGACUUCAAUUGUCAGAAUGGAUUUCUUCAAAUAUUUUCGAAAUUGUCACUACAGAAGUGAAUAUUAGUUUGAAGAACCACAUUAUUCCUCUCUUUUUGGAAAGCUCUUCGUUUGAAAAUUAUCUUCUACGAAAACACGUACAGGAAAAUACUGUUUCGAAUCUGAGAGGAAAAAACAAGGUUCAACGAAUGCUUGGUUUUUACAUUCCAGAAAAUGCAAAAGAUAACAUUAUUGUUAAUGGAGCAACUGUAGCGAUUGGAGGCAAUGCAAGCAACAAAAAACAGCCACCACCACCGACGCCCAACAAGCAGCCUACUGUGAAAGCAUCAUUCCCAUCAUCAACUUCGGAUCCUUUCGACAACUCUUCCAUGAACGAACGAAAUUCGAAAAAGAAGAAAUCAUUCACGGCUCUUUUUGCACAACAGAGCUCAGUAGGAACUGCAGCCGAUGUGGAAAGUGAUUUAAGCUUUGACCAAUCUCCUUUCAAGCCUCAACCAACGCAAGCCCACUCUCAAUCUCUCAACAAAUUUAAGAAUUGGAUUUUAGGAAAGAAGUCACAUCCUAACGGCGCCACCAACGCUAAUGAUUCAACCAAACUUAGCACAAACCCAACUGCGUCUCUCUCUUCUCCUAAUUUGAAAUCUCUUAAUGAUACAUCUCCACCAAAUAGCAACAAAAAAUCAUCAACUCCCUCCAUACCACACAUUCCAUCCAGUAUUAACAUGACUCCAGAAAUUUCUUCUCUUCUUAACGAUGGAAUUGUUUUCAUCAAAGUUCACACAAAAAGACGUGGAAAUAUUCGAAUUUUGGAAAUUAAUAUCGACAAAAUGUCCAUGCUGUCAGAACAAGACAAGAAUUUAGCACUUGAACUCAAGAAUCUUCUCGUUACACACGUUGAUGCAUCCAAUCCAUUUGAUAAGAACCCACAUUUAAGAGAGUUUUUACAAACAAAAAUUUCAGUUCAGGCACAGAAAAAUUGGGAAGAGAUUAAUGAAGACUGUAUUAUCAAGGUGAAAAGUCCUGCCUCUUCUAAUUUUUACAAGUUGUAA